AUGAGCGCUGAUAACAAAAUCUAUGCGACGCUUAUCCCGAACAACACAAUAGCCACUUUGGUGGCACAUCCCCAUGUUUUUGACAUGAAAGAAGGUCCAUUCAUCCGCUUUGCUCCAACUAUUGAAGAAGGCGAAGAACAUUUGUGUCACUCCUACAGAGCAGAUGUCAGUUGUAUUGAAUCUCAGAUUUUCUUGAUGAAUUUUGGAUCGGCGUCGGGCUUAAAACCCAAGACAGAAGGGGCUUAUACUGCGGUGGUGAUUAUGUGCAUUCACGAGCAAGAG